AUGCAUCGCACCUACUCCAUGCGCCAGACGCGGGCGCCUACUGCCUCUCAGCUUCAGAACCCUCCUCCUCCCACGUCCUCCACCAAGUCCGGUCGCCUGUUCGGUCGCGGCGGUUUUGGUCAUGCCAUCCGCCACAAGUCUGCCGGUGCCUUCGGCCCCGACCUGGCCAAGAAACUGUCUCAGCUCGUGAAGAUGGAAAAGAACGUCAUGCGCAGUCUCGAGACCGUGGCCAAGGAGCGUAUGGAGGUUGCUCAACAACUAUCUAUUUGGGGUGAGGCUGGCGACGAAGAUGUUUCCGACGUCACAGACAAGCUGGGAGUUUUGCUUUACGAGAUCGGCGAGCUUGAGGACCAAUAUGUCGACCGCUAUGACCAAUACCGCGUUACCAUCAAGAGCAUCCGCAACAUCGAGGCCUCCGUGCAGCCCAGCCGAGACCGCAAGCAAAAGAUUACGGACCAGAUCGCACAGCUGAAGUACAAGGAGCCCAACUCGCCGAAGAUCGUCGUCCUCGAGCAGGAGCUUGUUCGUGCCGAGGCCGAGUCGCUUGUCGCAGAGGCUCAGCUGUCCAACAUCACUCGUGAGAAGAUCAAGGCCGCCUACACUUACCAGUUCGAUGCCUUGCGCGAGCACUGCGAGAAGGUUGCCAUUAUUGCAGGGUACGGCAAGCACCUCCUCGAGCUGAUCGACGAUACCCCCGUCACCCCCGGCGAGACCCGACAGGCCUAUGACGGAUACGAAGCCAGCAAGGCCAUCAUUCAGGACUGCGAGGACUCCCUCACCAGCUGGGUGACCUCGAACGCUGCUGUCUCCUCCAAGCUGUCUACCCGCUCCCGCACCCUGUCGACUCGCCGCCGCAACAACAUCAAGGCGCGUGAGCACGACUUGUCAGGACAGGAUGCUCCUCUCAACGAUGAUUCGUCAUGGAUGCCCUCGACUCGCAACAAGGAGAUCGACGACUACUCCGAUGAGGAGGAGCUCGAUGAGGAUGACCACCGUAACUCUGUACUCGAGAGCGACACUGGUCUCAAUGGCGAAACCCGCGGUCGCCAACAGGAGGCAGUUGCGGCAUGA